AUGGGCUGUGGCCCUUCAACAAGCAAAAAUACUGCAACGACUGUAGCUUCUAACCAAUUCCCUGCCACUGUAAAUAUUCGAGUGUUUGGACAGCCAAUAUCCCCAUCUCCACAACAUUUUAAAAAACCUGCAAGUGGCGGUACAACUCCUCGUCCCAGUGGAUCAAGUGGAAAAGACGUCCCCUCAAUUGUGCCUAAUGAAUUGUGUAAGUCAACUUCUGAAAGAUCUCUCAAUAUUGGGGGUUUGGUUGUUAAUGAAAGGGAAGAAGGAAGUAAUAUAUUAAGUAGUAGAGAGGUUAGUAGUCAUCGCCAUCUCAGAAAGAGUCAUUCUUCGCGCCAGCAUCGACGUGUUGGCAGCACUGGUUCUCAUUUAGCGCCUAGUAAAUCCUUCGAGACAGCUUUACAUCCAGAAACGUCAAGAAAUAUUGAAGUGUCAAAAGAAGAAAAUGGAACAAAAUCUCGAGUUGAAGAGAUUGGUAACUGGCAGAUGUCCAAUAAAAGUGACCUUCGACUGGAAAACCGUAUAACCAGUAAUUCUUUAUUGGGUGUUGGAGAGACUCAAGGAAGCGGCUUCUUUACUUCAUGGCUUCAACCUCCUGGUUCUGUACCUUCCACAACGAAUACACCAAUCCAGUCUCCCUUUGCUUCUGCUCCGAGCAGUCCGAACAGUCAAAAAGAUGGGAUCAGCAGCAGUCGAAGGCCGUCUCCAAGAGCUCCGUAUAUGCCAAUUUCUUUUAGCGAACAAAAUCAGCGACAUUCAUCUCCAGGAAUUGAACCUCACAGUGAAAGAAUUAUUCGAGAUGAACAACUAAAACAACAAAAAACUUCAAUUGGUAGUGACAGCAAUAUUCGACAUUCGAGUGUUCCUACCCCAAGAGAAUUCUCAUCAUCACCGCUCUAUCGCUUCAGGCAAAAACAGAAGCCUAAAACACCACAAAUGUGUAAGCUUUAA